AUGCCGCGGCCAAAGAGGAUCGACAGCUUCUACGCCGACGCCGGCCCCAGCGGCGCACUGGGACUGCAGGGCAUCCUGGCGAUGCCCAUCGACGGCCAUGACGAUGAGGACCAAGCCAUGAUGCCCUUUGGGACCGCACCGGGCGAUGCUAUGGCGGCGCGGCGGCACCACUGCCCCGAACCAGGCUGCCACGCCGCGUUCGUCAAGCGGGCCCAUUUGCGUCGCCACCAGGUGACGCACACGACCCGCCGCGACUAUGCCUGCCGCGUCUGCGGCGCCCUCUUUUCCCGCAUCGACUCGCUCCAGCGCCACAGCAAACGCAAACACCCGCACUGGAACCCCACCGAAGCGAACAGCCUCGUCCACACCGUGCCCAGCGACGCCAUCGACGGCCAUCCCGUUGCUUCUGCUUCUGCUUCUGCUGCUGCUGCGGUUGGCGGUUCAGGGACGGCGAUGCGGCCAGAGGGCGCCCACAGCGGAGCAGAGGGCAUCCACGCUCGAGCGGGAAGCGAGUCGUCGCCGGGCUCAAGCAGUCAGUGGCUCACCACGCCCUCGACGCCGUCGACGUCGACCAUCCUGUGGCACCAGCCCGACCAGCCCGACCACCCCGACUUGUCGCCUCUCUCCCGACCCUCGCCGGCCCUCUCUGCCAACGGCGCCAACGAGCAUCGCCAGUCGGCGGCCAUCGACGCCUGGCAGGCUUCCAUCGAGCUUGGCAAGCGGCCGCAGCAGCAGCACCAGGAGCCGCACUACCAGCAACGACAGCAGAGACACCACCACCACCACCCACAGCAGCAACAGCAGCACCACCAACAGCAGCAUCAGCAACGGCCGCAAAUUGUUCCAUCAGCGGGCCACGGCUCUCCGUCAUACGCCUCGCAGCAUCGUCAGCUGCCCCAGGUGCCACCUUGGUCCUCACCCCAGCGUGCCAGCGAGCCGGACCGCGCUCCCUCGCCGCAGACCUUGUACGCUGCAGCGUUCUCGCAGCCGCACACCCGGACCUCGACCCACCCGUCAAGUCAUGGUCGCCCCACGCAGCGGAUGCACCCGGCUGGGCUGGGUCGGGGAAGGCAGCAGCCCUACCCGACCGCAAACAGCGCGCAGAGGCGUGGAAGGUCCAGGGACGCAGAUCUGCAGGCGCACCGGCCCGUCAAAGCUGCCAUCGACAUCGAUCGGCCAGCGGAGGGCACCCUCUUGCGACCGGGUCAGUUUGACCACUACCACCACCACCACCACUACCGCGAGCAGGGCGAUACUUCCAGCUCCCACGGCGGUCCACGCAUCGGCUAUGCAGUCAUGGCUCCGCCUCCUCCCUCAACGGCGCCUCGUCCGGCGCAGCAGCCACAGACUCAGUUCCAGACUUUGUUGUCGUUGUCGUCGUCAUCACCGCCACCGUCGCCUUCUCCGCCAUCGAAUCCAGCGUCUCAGGGACGCACGCACUUCUCUUCCGCCGCGACAGAACUCGAUCGAAUCCUGCUUCCAGACAUCAUCGAUGGGAGGAUGCCGGUGCAGCAGCAGCAGCAGCACCCCCACCACCAGCAACACCAGUUACACCACCAUCACCAGCAGCAGCAGCAGCAGCAGCAGCAGCAGCAGCAGCAUCACCACCACCACGACCAGCAGCAGGACCAGCAGCGCCAGCACCAGCUGCACCAGCAGCAGCAGACACAACAGCAACAUCAGCUGCCCAACCACGGCAGCAAUCAUCUCCACGUCUUCGACAUCCGACAUCUCGCCUCUUCGUCUUCGUCCUUGUCGAUCCCGGACCACCACGUCAACGCUCUACCGCAAGGCUUGCUCCCUCACGAGCACCACGACGUCGCCGCCGCCAUUGACGCUUCCAGCCUGAGCAUGCUGACCGAGAGCAACAGCGCGGUGGUCGAGACCAUGGUGCCGCAGGCCGGCCAGGCUGGCCAGGCGCAGGAUCUGCCCGUCGACUACUUUGGCGUAGAUCCGGACCAGUACGACCUGUCUAACUCCUCGUGCCUCGCUGGCCCACAGGAUGUGCACGCCAUGCUGGCCAGCCUGAGCAUCCCUGGAUUCGGCGACUUGCCCGUUGCGCCAAUCGAUCCGGGCGCCCAGAACCACAUCGCCGCCGUGUCUGCUUCAAUGCCGCAGUCGCGGAGGGCGUCGAUGUUCCUGUGGCACGAAGAGACCUCGCUCCCCGCCUCAAUUCCCGCCUCGACCUCUUUUUCGACUUCGAACUCAACCUCGAUCUCGACCUCAACCUCGGACCCGCGAGCGGCAGCGACAGUCGCAGCGAUGGCACCCGUAGCUUCGGCGUCAACGACGUCGUUCAAUAGGGUUGCCUCGAUCGACUCGCAGAGUCUCGGCUCGCUGACUUCGUCGCAGGCGGCGUUCCUGGCGCCGGAUCCUUGGAACGCCUCUCUCAACAGGUUUGCGCCAAGUCAGACCGAGAGCAUCCACAUGCAGGGGCAGCCGAUGUCACAGGGCGAUGCGGAAAUGGCCAGCUCGAGCCAGGCCAGCCUCGGCAUGCAGGCGCAUGCGGCCGUGGGCCACGCUGCGCCGUCGUCGCCAUCGCCGCCGUCAUCGCCGCGCUUGCGUGCCGAUUUUGGCGCUCCGCAGACCGCAGGAACUGACGAAGAUGUCGACAUGGACCAGUGCCCGCAGUCGUCGCUCGAUUCCCUUCGCGGCACGGCCGAGGACCGUGGUACAGACAGCACUAGAGGUCAAGCCCGGGUCCAGCCGGCAAGCAAUGGAAGCACGAGCCCCUACUGGCCCGUGAGAGCUGCUGCGGACCAGACUGAGGAACGUUUCAGUUGGCACGCGGACGACGCUCGCGAGGACUUGGGUGACGAUGCUUCACGGCAGCAGCCCAGAGACGCGUAUCGGCACGAAGAGACAACGGCAUCCUCGACCCGUCGAGCCUCGGCUGCGUCGACGGUCAAGCAGCUCGAGCCACGGCCCCUCGAGGAGUACGCGGCCAACAGCGCUUCAUCAGGCUCUAGCGGAUCGCAGAUCGAGGCAGAGCACGACCAGCAGCAGCAUCAGCAGCAGCAGCAUCAGCAGCAGCAGCAGCAGCAGCCACCGUUCCGUCACCACCAACCGCUUCGCCGGCCUGGUCAUCCGACGCUGUCGCAGAAGCGGGAAAGGAGCGAGUCAGCGGGCGCUGCAGACCCGUCGCAGGAGCCGACAGCCAGGUCGUCCUCGCGCAGGGCUUCGGACGGCAGCGGCGGCGGCGGUACCGGCAGCAGCAGCAGCAGCAACAGCGCUGCCCACGACGGGGGGUUCUACAAGGCCGACCAGGCGCAGGACACGGUCGAGAGCCUGGGCGUGCGCUUCGAACGCUACGUCUCGCUGUACCGCAAGCCGUUCUCAGUGUGUCCGGAGGUGUUUGACGCCAUCGCGCCGGCGCAGGCGCUCUUUUGCCGCCACGACCUGCCCAUCUACCACCCAAAGAUGGUGUCGCUGAUCCGGGUGCACAGCAGUGACGAGGCGCUGCUCGUCAUGGCCAUCGGGUCGCUGGCGGCCGUCGACCCGGACGUCGCGGAGCUCGGCAUACGCAUGGCGCAGCUCGUCUCGCUCAUGACGCAGCUUUCGAUCCGCGUCCGGGAGCGGUCCGACGAGGUGCUGGCGAGCUUCUACAAGACGCUGUUCCUCUCUGUCCUCUUCCGCAUACGCUGCACCCAGACGCGCCGGCCGUGGCAGGACGUCGAGUCGCUGCGGGCCCUCCUGGCCGAGGGUGUCGUCGAGCGUCGCGGCUGGCGCACGCUCGAGCACCGGCACGACGCGCUCGACGGCCAGCAGCUGUGCGGCCUUUCGCCCGUCGACCUCUUCCGCGCCAUGUACGAGUGGUACCUCAACGAGCACCUCAAGCGAUUCCUCAUCGCCAUCGCCAUCCUCGACUCGCAGCUCUGCGCCUACUUUUCGCCCCUCGACCCGCCCAUGAAGACCAGGCCGUCGGGCCCCUCGUGUCAGCACCUGCUCGCCUCGGUCACCGAGCCUUGCCCGACGGCCACGUUUGUCGCAUGGCCGCCUCAGGCUUGGGCGGAAAAGGUGCGGGACACCAACGCCGUCCCCUCGCGCUCCGCCUCGGGCUUCAUGGGCACGGCCGGCGGCGCCGGCGGCGCUGCUGGCGCUGCCUCGGAUCGCAAGAGGCGGCCGGUCGUGCUGGCCGAGAUCCUCGAGGAGAAGCUGCUUCGACCGCACCGCACGCUGGCGAGCCUGGUCCGCGCCGCAUCUCCGCGUGCCACGUUGGCGAGGAGGCCCACCAACCCUAUCACGCCCACGCCGCUCCGGGUGGCGUUUGAUCGCUUCCACUUUGGACCGCAUGAAAGUCGCAGAGCCUCGAUUGCUGUGCCGCCGUUCGCCGACCGCAGGAACGACUGGCGCAGGCGGUCGACUCACUUUGGCCUGCCACCCGAGAUGCAGCAGCCCGUCAGCCUCGACGUUGGCGGCACGGAUGGCGCCGAGGGACCGGCCGCCCCGAGCAGGAGCAGGGGAGGGGCGGUGCGCAGCGACAGCUCCGAGGCCGACUCAUCGGCGGGUGGAGAGCCAGCACGGCCUCCUCGCUCUGCAAAGGCCGCGAGCGGGAAGCCGGUCCGCGUGCUGUCAGUAUACCUCAUCAGCGCGAUGCUCGAGGCGAUCCAUGCGGCCUGGAUGGCGGACAGCGCCUACUAUCCGUCCGCCAACUGGGGUCUGGCCUGCAGGCACGAUUCCAGCGACGACGACGACGACGACGGCGGCGGCGGCGGCGACGGCCCCGCGGGUUUUGGCAGCCGAAGCGACGGCGCAACCACAAAGCCACGAGGCUGCGAGGCGGACGCCUACACCCGCCUGCCCGGCUGGCGACAUGGCAAGAGGCUCACGAGGCUCCGGGUGGCGCAUGCGCUCAUGAACUGGCAGGCCAGCUUCAGCAGCGCCACGCCCGCCCAGCUGCGCUUCUUUACGGGAGCGUCGGCAUCGCUGCCGCCGUCGUCGCUCCGCCUGGUGACGGACGACGUCGUGUUCCUCGUGAUCCGCUGGAAGACGAUCCUCGUCGGGCUCUGCGCGCCGCUCGAGUCGAUCUGCUUCUACCUGUCGUCCCUAUCACUGCGGCUGCCCCACGGCGAGGGAGAGAGCGACGGCGCUGCUGGCGAUGCUUCCAGACCCAAACGCCAGCGGCGAGCGGCCAAAGUGGCCAGCUCGCUGCACCAGUGGGCUCACUCGGCGUCGGCGCGGCGGGCGCUGGUGCACAGCGGCCUCAUCUUGCAGAUCUACGACGACCACUUUGCCCAGCUCCAGAGCCAGGUUCCGCCGGCGAGCAAGUCGCGGUACCCGAUCCCGCCCUCGAUGGCGCACGGCAUCUACACGGCGCUUUCGGUGGUCGUCGCCGUGUUCCGGCUGCUGAACGACGAGACGCUCAUCGCGGGCUGUCGGCAGUGCGAGGCGAUGGCGCAGCUCUUCCAACCGGGAGUGGGCGACCAGGUGCAGAGCUACGACAUCGGCCGCACCCCCUUUGAGCAGGACAGGCGGAUCCCGGACCAGCAGCUGAGGCUGCACAGCUGGUUCUGGCAGCUGAUCUGGGACGGGGUCGGGUCCGCCGGCUUCCACGAGGAAGACGGAGGGCGGGGUGGCAAGGAGGCAGCCGCCGACGGGUUUGGCGACUGGGCUGGCGAUGACGACGGGCGGCAUCCUCGGCCAUUCUCGGUUCACGGGCAGGAUCGAAAGCGAGAGCCGUCGCCAGACCGCCCAUCGCAAGGCCACCAGGUGUGGGCCGGCCCAUGGCCGCCAGCGGUUCCACGAGGCGGCGCGGUCGAUGCCGAUGCGGCGCCAAAGGGCCCAGCGGCGUCGGCGUCGGCUUCGCGUGGGAAAGCGAGCGAACGGCGUGGGACGAUCCACUUUGGCGGACCGCUGCUGCCUCCGCCGACGCCGGCGGGCAGAGACGCCGCCGUGGACGGCAGGCGGGCGACGGCCGCCCACCUCUUGCGCCAUCGCCCGAGCCUGGCAGCCGGCGGCGGCAGUGGCGGCGGCAUCGGCACCGGCACCGGCACCGGCAUCGAUCGCAGCGCCAGCCCAACUUCGCCGCGGUACGACCCCUUUGGCUCACGAACGCCGCUGUCGACGUCGAGGCGCAGCUCGCUCGUCCCGGAAGCCGCCCUGGCUCGAUCGCGCUUGUUGAUCUCACCCCCGGGAAACAAAGGGAUCGCCACCACCACAUCUGGCGGCGGGAGCAGCGGUGCUGUGGCAUCGCCUCCAAUCUCGCUUCCCCCUCUUCGCCAGCCGCCGUCGGCGCCGACACUGCCAUCGCUGAGGCUUUCGAGCGCGCACGACGACGCUUCCACCUCGUGGACACCAGUGGCCAUGGAUGUCGAUGUGGAUCUCGAGGCCCAUGCUGCUACCCCCUCUCCACCGUCUUCAGGCUCCAAGGCAGCGAAGGCGGCGACGACGACCGAGCAGCAGCACGUUCCGUCACCGUCGGGGAGCAGCCAGGCAAGCUGCUCGGCUUCGGGCUCGGCCUCGGCCUCGACCCUGUCACGCUCGCCCUCGGCCUCUACGUCGUCUUCCUCGACGUCGUCGUCGUCGGCGAGCCCGGGCAACGGCGACGACUCCAUCUUUGUGCAGGCCACCAAGCGGCUGCGCGCGUGGAUCUUCGAUGGCCCGACCGAGGCGACGCUCUUUGAGUCGGGGCCCCUCUCGUUUCGACGCAUGCCCCAUCGCGUCGGUGGUGGUGGUGGUGGUGGUGGUGGUGGUGUCUCGGCGUCGUCAUCGUCGUCAGUCGAUGGCGAGGGCGACGACGAGAUGCGGACGACGAGAGAUCGUCUGCGCGCCAAGGUGGAUGCGAUGCGCGCCGCCCGGCCCCUGUUUCAUUUCAGCGACGAGUACAUCGAGAUGCUCGACGCCGCCCUCGCUGUUGCUGGCGAGUGA